GUUUUUGAGGCAAAGACAGAAAGACUAUAUUUUUAGUGUUUUUUUAGAGACAGGGACUCUUCAUCUCUUCGUACAUGUCUAGUAAAAAGUGUUGUGUUCCCGGCUGCAUGGGUUCUGGAAAGUCACACAAGACGCUCCAUUUAUUUCCAAACCCAAUUGAGAUUGAACGUUUUAAGGAGUGGAUUUUAUCUAUUGGAGGGGAUAUUCUUGGUUUGGAUAAUGAGUAUAUUUUUAAACAACGCCGUGUUUGCCAUGCUCACUUUGAAGAGAAAUAUUGCUGCCGAAAUAACAGAAUAAGCAAUAUUGCAAUUCCAACAAUAAAUUUACCCAAACCGAUAUCUCUCCCAAUAUUUACACUCUCCGAAAGAAGGCCACUUAGGCAAACAGAGUAUUGUUCAAAACCUGUACCAUCAACCUCAUCAGGUUGUACUGCUGAUUUUACCACUACAUUCAUUGAAUCUGAUUUUACAGAGAAAGAAAAUAUUGAGUCUAUGAUUAAUAUCCAGUUACAGUUUCAUAAAGAAAAUGAAGUGCUUAAGAAAAAUGAUUAAGAAAUUAAGUAAUAUAAAGAACAUACCCUAAAUGAGAUUUUAUUUAAAAAAAAAUUACAAGAAGCAGGUUUCAUUGUGGUAGCAACAGUUUGUGACCAGGGCACUAAUAACAGAUAAGCCAUUAAAUUACUAUUAAAUGAAACACGAGGUGCCCUUUUAAGCGCAGGAAAAGAAAACGUCACAAUGAUAGAAAAUCAAGAAAUUAUUCCUUUAUAUGAUCCUCCACAUCUUUUGAAGUGCAUUAGAAAUAAUUUACUAACGAAGGAUCUUCAAUAUGUUGUAAAUGAUUCAUAUUAAACUCCUGCAUAAAGAAAAUCCUGGCUGCAAGACCAUAAGACUAAUACGUAAACGGACAGAUAAUCAUGUUUUACACACCAAAAUACCAAAGUGAAUGGUGAAAUAUAAAAGUCAAAUAUUUAGUGGUAUCUAAUAUGGGAUAUCUUGCAGAAAAAGGCAUUCUUCCAAGAGAAUGUGAGGAAACUGCUGGUAUACUCCUCUUUUUUGACAAGGUAUUCGAUUCUAUCAAUGGAAGCUAUAAGAACGAAAAAAAAACUAUAUGGAAAGCCUUCUCUUGGACCAGCAAAGCCAAUCUCUAAAGCACUAAACAUCAUAAGGUGUGGAAUGAUGGUGAAAGCAAAAGCUAUUAUAUCAAAUAAUCCUGAAAGUGUACCAACAAUUAAAAAUUGCGUAUGAACACUGAAUUGUUUACAAAUUCUUUAAAAAAAAUUAGAAACUAAGUAUGGUAUUACUUCUGUUUGGAUGUGGCACCUCAACCGAGACGCUAUUGGAAAUUUUUUGGGGCCCUUAGAAGCCAUGGUUGCCGCAAUGUUAAUCCAACACGAGAACAGUCUCAGAGUGCCUACAAUACACUUUCAACAAUAUGUCCAGUGACCAUGACCCAGGUGCUAAUUGUGGAAAAGAUAAUUGGCUUUAGUCUCUUAUCAUCACAGAUAACUACAAAGCUGAUAUAACCUGUGACCUUGAAACAAUCCCAGAUGUAGAAAUAAUAUUUAAGAGAAAACUGUUCCAUAUAUAAAUGGGGUAUUAGAUUAUGUUAGUGGAUACUUUGCUAGAUGCGCUAAAAAAAUUUUAUAAAUUGUACCGAACAUUGUACUGCUAACGUCAUGGCCUUACAAGAAAAUGAAAUCAUUAAAUUUCGGGAUUAUGCAGGUAAACGGUGGCUUUGCAGUCCCACAAACUAACUAUAGACAUAGCACUUAACUGAGUAGGUUCCUGCGGUAUUUGAGCGGUGCGGGAGGGGUGACAUGUGAUAUAAAGGAACUGUCUCACUAUGCACGUGAUGAAUAGUAAUGAAGAUAUCUCUUACGAUAGUUACAAGAUACCUAAAUUGAAUUAGUAUAAACUGCGUCUGACAAUAUAAACAAUCAAAAUGAGUUACAAUAUCAUGUAAUGUUAAUAUUUUGAACUGAAAUUUUAAAUUCAAGUAAAUUAAUCUGUAUCUGUAUCCAUAUAGCUACUAGAAUCGCCAUCUGUAUCAUUUGAAACUCUUUCAUGAUCUAAUUAGCCAUGUCGUAAAUUUAUAAUAAAUUGAUCCAUUAUUUCGUCGCU